AUGGUGUUAGAUAUCUCACAUCCAAAUACUUGCAUCAGAGGGUGUUGCUGCAGCGAUUCAAUCCCUCUGCAUCUCCCUCCUUAUUCCUACUCGCUCUCACUUCCAAUUGCUCGAGGAGCUGAGAGUGUUGUGUACGAUGCAACAUUGGAUGGGAAUAGAGUUGCUGUUAAGAAGCCUAUAUUGUCGACUUCCGACGACAUCAACAAGUUUCAUAAAGAAUUGCAAUUGCUAUGCAAGUUAAAUCACCAAGGAAUUGCAAAAUUGGUCGCAGCACAUGCAAGACCACCAAACUACAUGUUCUUCUUCAAGUUCUAUGAGUCUGGAAAUCUUUCACAGAAGUUACAUGUUGAAGAAUGGAGUCCAGCGAUUGACCAAUCACUUAUGAUCACCAGACAGCUAGCAAACGCUUUGCAAUAUCUUCAUAACAUUGGAAUUGUACACAGAGAUGUGAAGCCAGCAAAUGUUCUUCUUGACAAAAGGCUGCGGCCACAUCUUGCAGACUUUGGUUUGUCCGAAUACAAGCGAGAUCUUAAACAGGUCACACCGGAGAACUGGAGAUCAUCAGGCAAGCCAACUGGUGGUUUUCAUAAGAAGAAUAUGGUGGGUACUCUCAUCUACAUGGCACCUGAAGUAUUGAGGAAGGAGGUUCAUACUGAAAAAUCCGAUGUAUACAGUUUUGGAGUAUUAAUCAAUGAACUUCUCACAGGUGUUGUUCCAUACACCGAUCUUCGCACUGAAGCACAGGCUCAUACUGUGUUGGAAAUGAACUAUACUGAGCAGCAACUAACAGCAGCCGUCGUGUCUGAAGGAUUGAGACCUGCUCUUGCAGGAAUUGAAGGGGGUGCUCCAUCAAGAUUACUGUCCUUGAUAGAAAGAUGCUGGGAUGCUGAUACCUGUAAUAGACCUUCUUUUGAUGAUAUAAUCACAGAACUUGAUCUCAUCAUUGGGAAUUAUAAGAGACUCACAAUGGAGGAGAAUGCUGCCACUGAAUCAUCUUCAAGUGAUGAGAACACUAAUAUAGUUCAACCUUCGCAAGAGAUUGUUGACUGGUUUGUUCAGGGGGAAAGUAUAUCAAAAGCUACUUAUGACAGUGGCCUCGGUGUGAAAAGUUGGGCUGUUUAUUCAGAUAAUUCUUCACUAUACCUUCCGGUUCUAUCCUGGGGUUCCUUUGCUACUUGUGGAAGAAGGGAGACGAUGGAGGAUACACACUUCCUUAUGCCUCAUGUGUGGAAUGAAGAGGAUAUCCAUAUCUUUGGAAUCUUUGAUGGUCACCGAGGUGCUGCAGCUGCAGAAUUUUCUGUCCGAGCACUACCAAAACUAUUGCAAACUCUUGAUUGCGCCAGCAGCCCCCCUGAUGCACUUAAAGAAGCAUUCAUCAACACAGAUGUUGCAUUCAGAAAGGAAUUAAAUUCUCAGCGUAAAUCCAAGGGGUUUAUCCAGAAAGACUAUCACCCUGGUUGUACAGCAAUUGCGGCUCUUAUAGUUCGGGAUAAGCUUUUUGUUGCUAAUGCUGGUGAUUGCAGGGGAAUCAUAUGUCGAGCAGGUUGCCCCUAUCCUCUAAGUAAGGACCAUGUUGCAAGUUGUCCUGAAGAGAGAGAGCGUGUUACUGGUGUAGGAGGUCAAGUCAAAUGGCAGCUUGAUACGUGGAGGGUUGGUCCUGCUGCCCUUCAGGUUACACGGUCUAUUGGUGAUGACGAUCUGAAGCCUGGGGUAACAGCGGAACCAGAGGUUACUGAGACUGUACUUUCUGAUGAGGAUGAAUAUCUGGUAAUGGCUAGCGAUGGGCUGUGGGACGUUGUAAGCAAUGCGGAAGUGGUUAGUAUAAUCAAGAAGACAGUGAAAGAGGCAGGGAUGUGCUCCAAGAGAUUGGCGAUGGAGGCUGCAGAACGUGGCAGCAACGAUAACAUAACAGUUAUCGUUGUGUUUCUUCGUCCAGUAUCUACUGCAGAGAGAAUUUACUAGCAAAUGAAGGAUAAUAUCAGGAAACUGGGGAUGUGAAUUAAAGAGGCAACAAUAAGCCAACUUGUUGAGGGAGAAAAAGCUUUGUUUUUUC